GUUGUAUAAAGAGUCUGUUGGUGCAUAUAGUCAUAUUGGUGCCACAGCAGUCGAUUUUAAAAACUUCAAAAGAAAUCUAAAGGCCUAUGUUGAAGGCGUGGAUGCACAAAUGUUGAUUGAUAAACUAUUUCGCAAGGUUGAAGUGUGUUCUUCUUUUUUCUUCGACUACGAUGUUGAUGAAAGCGAUCAAUUGACAAGAAUUUUCUGGGCAGAUCCAACAUGUAGGAAGAAUUAUUCUUAUUUUGGUGAUGUUGUAUCAUUUGAUGCCACAUAUGGCACGAACAGGUACAGUUUGGUCUUCGUGCCCUUCACCGGGGUAGACAAUCAUAAGAAGUGCAUUACCUUUGCGGCUGGUCUAUUAGCAAAAGAGGACGUAGAGUCAUAUGUUUGGCUUUUGACUCGUUUUAUCAAGGCAAUGGGUCGUCAACCGGCUUGCGUUAUAACUGAUCAAGAUCCGUCUAUGCGUAUAGCUAUUGAGAAGGUACUUCCUGAAUCUCGACAUCGGUAUUGCAUGUGGCACAUAAUGGAAAAGGUAACAAAAAAGGUUGGCCCUGUGCUUAGUAAGAAUGUUGAUUUCAUGUCAAGAC